UAUGUGUGGCUGGGGAAUUCAUGUGGAGGUCAGAGUGGAAGCAGGUGUGAGAGGGUCCAGCAGAAGAAAACAUGGCUGCCAAAGUGUUUGUGUCCAUUGGCAAGUUUGGCCUGGCCUUAGCUGUUGCAGGAAGCAUGCUGAACUCUGCCUUAUAUAAUAUGGAUGCUUGUCACAGAGCUGUCAUCUUUGACCAAUUCUGUGGAGUACAGGACAUUGUGGUAGGGGAAGGGACUUACUUUCCUAUCCCAUGGGUACAGAAACCAAUUAUCUUUGACUGCCGUUCUCGAACACGUAAUGUACCAGUCAUCACUGGUAGCAAAGACUUACAGAAUGUCAACAUCACACUGCACAUCCUCUCCUGGCCCUUCGCUAGCCAGCUUCCUUGCAUCUUCACCAGCAUCAGAGAGGACUAUGAUGAGUGUGUGCUGCCAUCCAUCACUACCAAGAUCCUCAAGUCAGUGGUGUCUCGCUUUGAUGCUGGAGAACUAAUCACCCAGAGAGAGCUGCUCUCCAGGCAGGUGAGUGACAACCUUACGGAGUGA